AUGGCCGCUGGCGGUUCCUGGCCUGGCGGCGUUGGCCACUGGGCCUGCCCACAGGUACCGCAGACAAGCCAUCAGUCUUUCCAGCCCGCGCUACACUUCCAACAAGGACAGCAGCUGAAUGUCGGUUUGGCGGCUGGUCCAGGCUGUAGCGCUGCAGAGGCAGCUCUUCCCCAAGCUUGCGGCAGCCUCCCCGGCUUCCAGAUACCGCAGCCUGCGAAUGUGUCCAUGGGUAUAAGCCCUGGCAACCUUGCAUUUGCUGCCGGGCCCUUGCUCAUGGUGCCUGGCGGCUUGUUGACCGCCAGCGUCCCUCAGGUUUUUCAAAUUCCCCAGCAAGGUGCGGUGCAGAUCGUGGCCCAAAGCAUGCCUGCCUCCACAGUUUCAUCUGUGGGUGCUUCUGCGGUGGUCGCAGAAUCGGCUGCGAAAACCGCGCCUGGUGAGCCUCGCGUUCCUGCCGGGGUCGUCCAGGCGGCGUCUACUGUGGCGAAGGCAGAUCGCGCGCAGGCAGCGGAGGCGAAGCCUCAAGAGGCCAAGAGCAAGACAGUUGGGUCACUGCUGUCGGCCUACGAUGACGACGCAGAGAGCGAGGAAGGAGUCGAGGAGGCGAAGCCCCCGGUUGCUUCCAAUCCUGUUCUGGAGUCCAGGUCGUGGGAGCAUUGGGAGGACAUGCUGGAGCCCCGGCGACGGCAUGGUAUCGUCAUCGGCAAGCAGCCGGACGAUUUGAUUAUCGCAUGGCCCAGAGAUGAAUCGGGUUAUCCACCAGGCCAUCCGCCGGCAGUGCCACCCGGGUGCUGUACCAAGCACUGCCACUGCAUGGACGGUACAAAGAGGCCGGAGCCUUGGGAGUUGAAGAAGUCCUGGCUGGACGAUGAUUCGGAGAAGGCCUCAGCAAGGGCCUCCUCCGCGAGCGCAGCCGUGGAGGCAUUUGCCAAUCAGACUUUCUGCGUCCGGCGAGGGCGCGUAUCCAGGCAGCACUUGCUGGAGCCAUCGGCCGUGAACGAGUCCAACCAGUCCCAGGCACGGCAGGCGCUGUCAGACUUCAGUAUUUCACUUGCCGGUGUGGUCCGGGAAGUCCUCGCGGCUGUGCCACCGCACAGUCUGGCAGAGGGGCUGCCGCUGCCCACUGGAUCUCUACUCGUGGCGGCGGGACUAGGGGCCGACUAUGCCCCGAUGCGCGUGCGGGGCUUGUCCGAGGCCGUCCGGAUACGCGUUGAUCCAAUCGGUGCUUUUGCUGUGGCGCCGCCCGGUCUAGCAGCCGGGGCCAGCCUACGUCUCCAGCUAGUUCUCCCCGAGGGAGAGGUUGCCGUGGACGCUUGCCGCCUGCAGGAGCCAGUUGCGGGCAGCUGGAGUCGCCUUUUGGAGAAGCCUAUGGAGAGGCUCCAAAGCUUAGAUGCCACCUCCAUUCGUGAUGCGCUGCUGCGGACGUCGUGCCAG